GGCGAUACUUCCGUGGCCGGAGCAUCGCGCGUUAUCGCCGACAUCGCCGUCGGGACGGAUUUCGCCGCGGUCGUCACAGAGGGCGUGUUCGAGACCUCUGUCCUCUCUGGCGUCGCCAGAUCAGCCUGGCGCCAGACAUGUAACGUGGGGUCCUUGCGGCGAGCAGCGUAAGAUGGACACAAUCGCCGAGGCAGUCUGCGAAAUCAAACUGAAGGACCCGCAGGCACUCACGGGCGCCCUGGCGCACAAGAUCUCGAAGCUGAAGACUGCCGGCGACGUGUUCAGUGGCGACACGCCCGCCAAGAGCCCGAUCCAGGUGGUUGUGCUCGACGACGAGAACCUGGCUCCUAGCCUGGCGUCUGAGUUAGGCACCGAGAGCCGACUGACGCCCAGCUGGCUUCAGUGGGAUGUGUGCGAGCGCGACCUGAUGGCGUCCGUCAAGAUGCUGUCAGCGGCCGUCGGCACGCCGGAGUCGUUCGAGAAGACCAUCGAACUGCCUUCUCCCGAGGGUCUGCUGAUGUCGGAGACCUCGACGAUGGCAAGCCGCGUGGACACCGUGGGUCUGAGCUCCGUCGGUGGUAGCGUCGUCCUAGACCCGAGCGCCAGCGCGCUUUCGUACACCAGGACUGGAAGUUCCAAGAACGCGCGCAGCAGGUUGCUCUCGACCAAGAUCCUGGAGGGCCCCUGCUUCGAAUCCAUGUACAAUUCCAUCCUACAGCCAGGUUCCUCACCGGUCGUUUCGCUGAGCAUCCCGGUGCUCAGUUCUCGAGAUUUCACCGGCUUUUUAGGGCCUCGAGACCAACCGAGCGUACCGACAUCCGAGCAGUCGGUGUUCCCGUGCCGCACCGAUGGCUCCAACAUCGACAGCGGUUCGGCAGACUCUGCGAAAACGUCGGGACCCGCGAGUUUCGCCCCGGCGAUGCAGAAGCACAGCGGCUUCGAUGAAGUCCAUGAGAGGCGGCGCGCGGAGACUUCCACGAUCCGAAGCCAGGAGCCCACGAGCAGCAUGCCUCCGCCGAGUGGUAGGCCGAGGCUUAGGGGCACCAGCCGGCGCAGCGGUAGCCGACGCAGAGUGAGCCGGACGCCCAGCUCUGGCAUCCUGUCGCAGCGGGGUUCUUCGGCCGCAUUGCCUGAGUGCAGUGUGGCAGAGGUGAUGGCCUCCGACUCGAAAGGUGGCCCAGUAGCUGCGGAAGUGGACAGCGACGAGGACUGCUCGUCGUUCUUCUCCUUCGAGGAGUCGGCGUCCGAGACGUCCUUGCUGCCGGACGCUACAAACCUGGACUGGUCGGCCACGUCGCACGCCUCGCGCAGCCGCACGGACAUUGCGUGAGGUG